UUCUCAUCCAGUUCCCCAAAUCCACAAGCCGAAGAAGCCAAGUUCGAACUCCAAGGAGCGGCGCCAUGGCCCGUACCAAGCAGACCGCCCGCAAGUCCACCGGCGGCAAGGCCCCCAGGAAGCAGCUCGCCACCAAGGCGGCGAGGAAGUCGGCCCCGACCACCGGCGGCGUGAAGAAGCCCCACCGCUACAGGCCCGGAACCGUGGCGCUCCGCGAGAUCCGCAAGUACCAGAAGAGCACGGAGCUGCUCAUCCGCAAGCUGCCCUUCCAGCGCCUCGUCCGCGAGAUCGCCCAGGACUUCAAGACGGACCUGCGGUUCCAGAGCCACGCCGUCCUGGCGCUCCAGGAGGCGGCGGAGGCGUACCUUGUCGGCCUCUUCGAGGACACCAACCUCUGCGCCAUCCACGCCAAGCGCGUCACCAUCAUGCCCAAGGACAUCCAGCUCGCCCGCCGCAUCCGCGGUGAGCGCGCCUAAGCCAUCUCGCCGCUUGAAGCCCGUGUAGUAGUUCGGGAGGGGAAUCAACUCGUCACCAGCCGAAUCCGUUGAAUGCCCUCGCCGAUUUCUUCUUAGUUUCCUAAUUGCUGUGUUAGGUCCUGGUUCCGUGUAGAUGAGAUAUCGUUUGUGUAAGACUUUAAUCGGUGAUGUUCUUUUGGUUUGCGAUGAGGCAAACGUAUGUUGGAAACUAUUAAUUGUUAGUUCAAGU